GCAGCUUUCAAAGGAAUCACCAGAAAAGUUCCAUUUUGCUCCUUGAGGAUAUCUCUUUUAGUUGAGUGGAGACUUAGUGGAGCGGAGGAAAAACUUUUAGUACCUCCGACAGCUCUCCGAAGCCAGCUUUACGAAGUCCAGUGGAUAUUUAACAAAGCGCAUAUAUUAAAUUAUGUUCCCAAGGAACGGCUCCCAGAUUCUGCUGUUGAUAGCCCUGUGCAGUGUGUUAUAUUCCAGCACAAUUGGUCUGCCAGCGAUUGGAACAUAUUCAUCAGCGAGACCCACAAGACACGCAGAUGGUCUUUUCACCAGUGGAUACAGCAAACUUCUCGGACAGCUCUCCGCCAGACGGUACCUUGAGUCCUUGAUUGGAAAAAGACUGAGCAGUGACUUCAUGGGGGAUCAGUUGCCAGUCAAGCGUCAUUCAGACGCUGUCUUUACUGACAACUACAGCCGCUUCCGGAAACAGAUGGCAGUGAAGAAAUACCUGAACUCUGUUCUGACAGGGAAAAGGAGUCAAGAUGAUCCUCCAAACAUGGAAGAAGAAUCUGCGAGGAUCGAGCCUUCCUUUCACGAAAGUUAUGAUGAUGUCACGGUAGAGGAGCUUCUAAGUCACCUCCCAUUGACUCUCUGAGGAAAGCCAGUGGGAGAGAGUGCCAAAACAAUUCAUCACUACUGACUUGCCGUUCAAAUAGUG